CCAAGUAAAAAAAUAAAAGGAGAAGGUUGAAUUCAGACUCCUCUCCGUCUUCAUCGAGAGCUAGGGUUUCCAUUCUCCGUCAAAAUCUAGGGUUUGUUACCGAUCAGAUCCAAGGGAAAAGGAAGAUGGUGAGGGGAUUGCUCGGAAAGCUCGCGUCUCGAUCUCUCUCCAUCGCUGGGAAAUGGCAGCAGCAGCAGCUCCGUCGCCUCAACAUCCACGAGUACCAGGGUUCGGAUUUGAUGAGUAAGCAUGGGAUUAAUGUCCCAAGGGGAGUUGCCGUCUCAUCGACCGAGGAGGUGAGGAAGGCGAUCAAAGAUGUUUUCCCUGGCGAAAAGGAGAUUGUUGUCAAAAGCCAAAUUCUUGCUGGUGGUAGAGGUUUGGGAACCUUCAAAAGCGGACUUAAGGGUGGAGUACAUAUUGUUAAAACUGAGGAGGUGGAAGAUAUUGCUGGAAAAAUGCUUGGCCAGAUUCUUGUCACCAAACAAACUGGUCCUCAAGGAAAGAUUGUGAAUAAGGUAUAUUUGUGUGAAAAGCUGUCACUUGUAAACGAGAUGUAUUUUGCCAUCACACUGGACCGUACUUCUGCUGGGCCGAUCAUCAUAGCUUGUAGAAAGGGAGGAACCAGCAUUGAGGACCUUGCAGAGAAGUUUCCUGACAUGAUUGUCAAGGUACCAAUCGACGUUUUCAAGGGAAUCACUGAUGAAGAUGCUGCUAAGGUUGUUGAUGGUCUGGCACCUAAGGUAGCAGAUAGAAAUGCUUCAAUUGAACAAGUGAAGAAGCUCUACAAUCUUUUCUGUGCAUGUGAUUGCACUUUGUUGGAGAUUAAUCCAAUUGCAGAAACAUCCGAUAAUCAGCUAGUAGCAGCUGAUGCGAAGUUGAACUUUGAUGACAAUGCGGCUUACCGGCAGAAAGAGAUAUUUGCUCUCCGCGAUACAUCCCAAGAGGAUCCUCGAGAGGUUGUUGCUGCCAAAGCAGACUUGAACUACAUUGGCUUGGAUGGAGAAAUAGGAUGCAUGGUUAAUGGUGCAGGGCUGGCAAUGGCUACUAUGGAUAUUAUAAAAUUACAUGGCGGCACACCUGCCAAUUUUCUAGAUGUUGGUGGGAAUGCAUCAGAAAAUCAGGUCGUGGAAGCAUUUAAAAUUUUGACAUCGGAUGAUAAAGUAAAAGCGAUUUUGGUCAACAUAUUUGGAGGAAUCAUGAAAUGUGACAUUAUAGCAAGCGGAAUUGUCAACGCUGCUAAACAGGUUUCGCUCAAGGUACCUGUGGUUGUUCGAUUAGAAGGCACCAAUGUCGAUCAAGGAAAGAGAAUCCUUAAGGAGAGUGGAAUGACUUUGAUUACAGCCGAAGACUUGGAUGAUGCUGCAGAGAAGGCAGUCAAAGCCUCCAGCGGCUAAUCAAUUUGUGAGGGGCUGGUUCUCACAUUUAAUUUCUCUUCUUUUUUUCUUCUAUAAAAAGAAAAUGAGUGCUUACUCGCCAAUGGUAUGUUGGGGGUAUUAACUGCAUUUUUUUGGGCGAUAGAAAUCGUCUUUGGGAGGUUUUCAAGAUUUUGUAUUUAGUGUUGCGCAGAGUACUAACACUGAAAUAAAAUUGUCUUUUAUUUCGUAAAGUGAUGAUGAAUUACGUUUCCUGUUACUCUGGAUCUGGAAAAUAUUGGAUUCUGCUGGAGUUGUUCCUUUUUAUCAUUUUGUUUUCAUUGUAACUGCAAACAUGUAGAGAUACUUGCCACAGUGAAUAACUCAGUGAAAUAAACAGAAGAUGGUAGGAAGUUUA